CCAAGGUUCAAAUCAUCAAGAUCGAUCACAACUCCUUCAUCAUGGCCCAGAAGAAGGCACUUUGGAGCUCGCUAGCGACGCUCAACAAGCUCACAUCUAGCGCCAAGUCGACGUUGUACACGCUCGAGACGUCCAAGGGACCCCUCGAAGGUUUUGCUGUACACGGCGAGACGCCACGAGCUCCGUUUCCACCGUUCACGGCCGAGACCGCGUUGCAAAAAGUCAAGGCCGCCGAGGAUGCAUGGAACUCCCGAGACGCCGAGCGCGUGUCUCUUGCAUACACCCCCGACACGGUGUGGCGCAACCGCGAUCAGAUCUUUGUCGGUCGCGCCGCCGUCGUCGACUUCCUUCGGUCCAAAUGGGCACUCGAGACCAACUACACGCUCGUGAAGAACCUGUGGUGCCAUGACCACAACCGCAUUGCCGUGCGGUUCACGUACGAGUACCAGCGCGUGUCGGAUGGCCAGUGGUUCCGCUGCCACGGCAACGAGCUGUGGCAGUUUGAUGACCAAGGGUUCAUGCAGCACCGCGAUAUGAGUGGCAACGACGUCCCCAUUGCCGCCUCCGAUCGCAUCUAUGUCAACUAACACGGUUGGCCUCGCUGAUUGUACCCUGCGAUACAGUUAAUGCACAGUACACGGAUUGCAGGAACCCAAGCCAACAAAGUACGCUACAAUGUGACUUUUGCAAUCACCUUGCAUUCCAUAUUCUCGUUGAAACUAGUAACCUUAGUAGUAGUACUAGUAUCUCUAACGAGCAGCCAAAGUGC